AUGGCAGACAAUGUGGAAUGGUGGCGAGCGGCCUUGAACAGAUGUCGCCCUGGCCAUUAUCUUCAAUCACGGUCUCUCAAUAAUCUCGCCAUCAGCCUUCGAAACAGAGUCAGGCAGUGGGGGGUCCCGUCUGACCUUGAUGAGUCCGUCGUGCUCGCUCGGGCUGCACUAACCCGUCGUCCCCCCCGGCUUCGAGACAGAUUCAAGCAGCGGGGCGUCCCGUCUGACAUUGAUGAGUCCAUCGAGCUCCAUCGGGAUGCACUACUCCUUCGUCCCCCGGGUCAUGCUGAUCGAUGGCGGUCUCUCAACAAUCUCGCGGUCGGCCUUGCAGACAGAUUCAGGCAGCGGGGCGUCCCGUCUGACAUUGAUGAGUCCAUCGAGCUCCAUCGGGCUGCACUACUGCUUUGUCCUCCGGGUCAUUCUGAUCGAUCAAUGUCUCUCAACAAUCUCGCUGCCAGCCUUGCAGACAGAUUCAGGCAGCGGGGCGUCCCGUCUGACCUUGAUGAGCGCAUCAAGCUCGAUCGGGAGGCACUACUCCUUCGUCCCCCCGGUCAUUCUGAUCGAUCACAGUCUCUGAACAAUCUCGCUGCCAGCCUUGCAGACAGAUUCAGGCUGCGGGGUGUCCCGUCUGACAUUGAUGAGUCCAUCGAGCUCCUUCGGGCCGCACUACUCCUUCCUCCCCCCCACCUUGGACACAGAUUUAGGCAGCAAGGCAUCCCGUCUGACCUUGAUGAGUCCAUCGAGCUCCAUCAGGCCGCACUACUCCUUCGUUCCCCCGGACAUUCUGAUCGAUCAGAGUCUCUGAACAAUCUCGCUGCCCGCCUUCAAGACAGAUUCAGGCUGCGGGGCGUCCCGUCUGACCUUGAUGAGUCCAUUGAGCUCCAUCGCGCUGCACUACUCCUUCGUCCCCCCGGUCAUUCUGAUCGAUCACUGUCUCUCGACAAUCUCGCUGUCGGCCUUGGAGACAGAUUCAAGCAACGAGGCGCCCCGUCUGACCUUGAUGAGUGCAUCGAGCUCCAUCGGGCUGCACUGCUCCUUCGUCCCCCCGGUCAUUCAGAUCGAUCACGGUCUCUGAACAAUCUCGCUGCCAGCCUUGGAGACAGAUUCAGGCAGCGGGGCGUCCCGUCUGACAUUGACGAGCGCAUCGAGCUCGAUCGGGCUGCACUACUCCUUCGUCCCCCUGGUCAUUCUGAUCGACCAGAGUCUCUCAACAAUCUCGCUGCCAGCCUUGAAGACAGAUUCAUGCAGCGGAGCAUCCCAUCCGACCUUGAUGAGUCCAUCGAGCUCCUUCGGGCUGCACUACUCCUUCGUCCCCCCGGUCAUUCUGAUCGAUCACUGUCUCUCGACAAUCUCGCCCUCAGCCUUCGAGAUAAAUUCAUGCAGCGGGGCGUCCCGUCCGACCUUGAUGAGUGCAUCGAGCUCCAUCGGGAGGCACUACUCAUUCGUCCCCCGGGUGGUUCUGAUCGAUCAGUGUCUCUCAACAAUCUCGCUCUCAGCCUUGGAGACAGAUUCAGGGAGCGGGGCGUCCCGUCUGACCUUGAUGAGUCCAUCGAGCACCAUCGGGAGGCACUACUCCUUCGUCCCCCCGGACAUUAUCAUCGAUCAUACUCUCUCAAAAAUCUCGCCAACAGCCUUGGACACAGAUUCAGACAGCGGGGCGUCCCAUCUGACCUUGAUGAGUCCAUCGAGCUCCAUCGGGCUGCACUAUCCCUUCGUCCCCCCGGUCAUUCUGAUCGAUCACUGUCUCUCGACAAUCUCGCCCUCAGCCUUCGAGAUAAAUUCAUGCAGCGGGGCGUCCCGUCUGACCUUGAUGAGUGCAUCGAGCUCCAUCGGGCUGCACUACUCCUUCGUCCCCCCGGUCAUUCUGAUCGAUCACAGUCUCUCAAAAAUCUCGCCAACAGCCUUGCAGACAAAUUCAGGCAGCGAGGCGUACCGUCUGACCUUGAUGAAAUAUUUAGCCUGUUCUUGCAACUCACACACGUAUCCCAUGCAGUCUCUCGUGCUGAUCUUAUUGCCGCCAAGUCAUGGGCUACCACUGCUGAAGAGACAAACCAUAGUUCUGCAUUGCUCGCAUAUCAAACUGCAUUGACAUUCCUAGAUCAGCAUGUCAAUCUUUUGUCGUCUUCGUCACGUCAUUUCGAUGUCGUGAGGAUGGCUACGGCGUCCCUCGCUAUGGACGCCUUCUCGUGCAGCGUUCGUCAUGGUGCGCUGACAAGUGCCGUGGAACUGGUGGAGCAAGGUCGUGCAGUAUUCUGGACCCGGUUGGCACGCUUAAGCUCGCCGUUCGAUGGACUUUCCCUGGCCGGUGACACCGGCAGAGCUUUGGCGGAAGAAUUCAAGCAGCUGAGCUUUCGCCUUCGCACCGCAUUCGAUCAGUCUACUGAAGACCAGCCCCCACAAAUCCGACAACUGACCAUCCAAUGGAACGAUGUCGUCUCCCGCAUCCGCAUGCUCCCUGACUUAUCUCGGUUUCUCAUGCCUCCCAUGUUCUCUGACCUGCAGAAGGCCGCUGAAGAAGGCCCUGUCAUUAUCGUCAAUGCUAGUCAGUACAGCUGUGACGCCUUGAUUGUCCUAAGUGACCGGGAUCCUGUCCACGUUCCGAUUGAUAUCACGCAGACUGAAGUUUCUGAUUUGUCCUCCGAGUUUCAGUCCCUUUCAAAAGAAUUUGGUUCUUUUGACACCCAAUUCAAGCUUGUCAGCAUCCUUGGCAAACUUUGGCAUGGCAUCGUUGGCCCCAUAGUACAAGCCCUUGGGGUGUUAAAUAUUCACUCUGGCUCGCGUAUCUGGUGGUGUCCCACUGCUGAGUUCACUCUGCUUCCUCUACAUGCAGCGGGGCCCUAUGAAAAGAAGAGAGACAGUUUGACUCACAUCUACAUCUCCUCGUAUACCCCCACUUUGGCGACACUCGUUCGUGCGAGACAGCAGGUUUCUCGAGAUGUGUCCCCGCAACAUUUUGUUGCCAUUGGUCAAGGACAACCGGAGGGAGGGAAGCCACUCGAAUGUGUCGGUCCCGAGCUAGCCGUCGUCGCCCGGCGUCUCACGCCUGUCGUGUCGUCCUUCACGCAGCUGGAGGAUGGUGACGCAACAGUUGAAGGCGCGUUUGAUGCACUGAACCAUAACCAGUGGCUUCACCUGGCCUGCCACGGAAUGCCGAACCGACAACAACCAUUCGAAUCUUCCUUCGCAAUGCGUGAUGGGCCGUUGAUGAUCAAGGACAUCAUCCGAUCCAACUGGCAGAACCCGCAGUUUGCAUUCUUAUCGGCUUGCCACACUACCGUGGGCCAUGAGAAGAGUCCCGACGAGUCUAUCCAUCUCGCCGCGGCGAUGCAAUUCUCCGGAUUUCGCAGUGUGAUUGGUUCUAUGUGGUCCGUCGACGAUGAGGUUGCGCGGCAGGUUGUGUCUGCUUUUUAUGACAAGUUGGUGGAUGAUUCAGGGAGAUUGGACUGCACACGGGCUGCGGUGGCGUUGCACAAGGCUGUGAAAAAGUUGCGGCAUAAUAUUCCACUGGAACAGCAAAUCGUAUUUGUUCACAUAGGUGUCUGA